AUGGGCGUCACCCAACACCUACCCAACUCCACAGGCCCGGUUCCAGUCCCCGUGACUAUCGUCUCGCCAACCAACUCAGCGUACGCGACGGACCAGUUUCAGGACCAUCAUAUUUGCUACGAUCCAGCCUACGUCGCCGCCAUCAUCGAAAUCUGGCGCGCCGAGACUGCUGCUAGCGAGGAGCGCCGGGAGCAGCGCAAAGCGGAACGCAAGGCAGCUAAGCGAGAGCAGCGGGCCCGGUGGGACGAGAGCGAGGAGAGGAAGCGGCUGGUGCGGGAGUCAGCAGAGCGGAAGAAAGUAAGGGCGGAGAGGAAAGAGCGGAGGAGGGAGAGACAAGGUGCAAGGAAGGAGGGGAGGUGGAAUGUGCCGGGGGAGCCGGAAGGGGAUGAAAUGUCGGGACAGAUAUUAGAUCUUCUCGUGGGGCUCGACGUAACGUACUGA